UGUAUGUGAUAAAUGAUGAUGCAUUGAUGCAUAUUAUAAAGUUUAUAUAACUGUUAAAGUGUAAAAACAAAACACGUGUUUUUGUUUCAUUUCGGUGUGUCAAAUUUUAAUUUAUGAACUGUUAAAAUGACUUGGUAUGUUGUUAUUUUUGUUGAAACCAACGAAGUUCAGCAUGUUCCAAGCACAUGGCUUAUUAGUAAGGAAAUUUGUUGGUUUCCAUACAUUCAAAAAGAUAAAAAAGAUGUAUUUUUCUCUAUAUCUCAAGUGUCAAAUAUGAUAACAAAAUGCACAACUCCAAACAUGAAAGAUGGUGCUAAUUAUGCUGUAAAAUCAGUUGCUGGUCCAUUUGAAAAAGAAAGUCAAUCAAAAAAUAUGUCCAAAGCCUGGUCGGAACCAGACACAUCAGAUGAUGAUAAUAGCUAUCCAACUAAAUCUCCGAUAAGAUCAUCUCCCAAAAAAAGAAAACUAAUACCGAAAUUUAAUCGUCAACUAGAAAAAGAA